CGCGGUACACGACAAUAGCGGAUGUUCUGAUGACAAUCCCGUGUAAAAUGUGAAUAGACUACCUACGCCGUACCAUCACAAUAAUAAUAAUUAAUAAUCAACAUCGCGGCGCGCAUAACAGUGUAAUAAAUUAUUAUAUAACCAUUUUCGUAGUCAUUUGUUUAGUCUAAAGUUUUAUCGCGAUUUAGACUUGCUUUUUACCAUAGGUAGGUACAACAACCACACACAUCUCUUUCAAUAACCGGCCAUUGGAGGAGAACACCAAUCCGGCUCGCAAUACUGUCUGGGCUCAGAAAAACCACUGUGUGCGUAACUGGUAGCGCUAUCUCGCGGACAGUGUACCAUCGGCCGACGACCGAGCGCGUGGUAUAGAUAGCGUCCGCUAAACUCUUCGACCUUCGCCCCGCCACCGACGGCGGCGAUUUUCGAGUACUGCGACACUGGACGCUAAUACGCUAUCUGGCUAACAUGGGCCUGUUGUUCCGCCGAUUGUUGCCGUCGACUGUUGUCGUCUCCUCGUCGUUAAUCUUUCAGAGCAAAAGUCUUAGUAGCACAACAAACAAAAUGGCCGAAGAUUGGAAGAAUGCUAAAUCUGUGUAUGAUUUCACAGUAAAGGACAUCAAGGGAGAAGAUGUAUCGUUGGAAAAAUACAAAGGUUUUGUGUUGAUCAUUGUAAAUGUAGCAUCCAAAUGUGGUUAUACAUCUAAGCAUUACAAAGAAUUAAUUGAGCUGGACGAGAAGUAUCGUGAAAAAGGGUUACGAAUUCUCGGGUUUCCGUGUAAUCAAUUUGGGGGCCAGGAACCCGGUGAUGCUGAAAAUAUUUGUAGCUUUACUGCAAAAAAAAAUGUUAAAUUUGACAUAUUUGAAAAAAUCGAUGUUAAUGGCAAUGACGCACAUCCACUGUGGAAGUAUUUGAAAUCAAAACAAGGUGGUUUGUUGAUUGAUUCUAUUAAAUGGAAUUUCACCAAAUUCAUUGUUGACAAAGACGGUCAACCAGUUGAGAGGCAUGCUGCAAAUGUUAGCCCUUUGAGCCUGGAAAAGAAUUUGGAAAAAUAUUUUUAAAACCUUAAUGAUCAAAACAAUGAUGUGUAAUCAUUUAUAUCUCAAUUUAAUAUAAAAAGUAAUUCAAUUUGUUUUUCACAACAUUAAUAAGGCUGCAAGAUGUAAUACUUAUAUUGGCUAUUAAGAAUUAUUUUUAUUUUAUUUAUUUGUUUUUAGAAUUCUUUAUUUGUUUAAUAUCAUAAUUUUGAUCUUUGAUGUAUAAAGCAAUAAUUAUGUGUAUGCGUGCUUUUUGUUUGUUAAAAUAUGGAUCAGAUCAAUUA